GAUCAGCAGGUAGUUGAGUUCGGAAGUGAUAUAAAGGCGUGUCGUGGUACCAAGUGAGCUUAACGCACCUGGACGACGAACAGGAAACAACCAAGUUCAUCGUAGUUUGUCGGCUAACCCGGCCAGGGUGUUGUUCCUGCCACACCACGCUAUACCAUCAUGUUGGUGUGGACGUUAUUGCUGGGACUAACAACGAGUCUUUUGGUUAAUGGAGCACGACCAGAUCCACCAGCAUCCGGUAUUACGACUGUAGGCUCACUAAAACUAGCAAAUGCCGAAGAUUGUGCGGGAGUAGUUGCGUUUUCCGCUAUUUCGGGAGUCAAAACCGAUAAUCAACUUAAAUUCUCAAAGACGCUAGUCAAUAGAGGCGUCGGAUAUGUAACUGAAACAGGAAUAUUUACAACCCAUUGCCCCGGACUUUAUCAAUUUAGUGCAGCUGGAUAUGGAAGCGCUGAUUUAAAACUUACAUUAAAACGUAAAGAAAAUAAAUCUGACAGUUGGAUUCCCAUUGUGUCCACGGGAACAGGCGGUGGUUCGAAUCUAGUUUUAAUAGAUUCGGAAAUCGGUGAUCAGUUUGCUGUUUUCAUUGACGCUGGCAAAUCAAAUGAAGGAACGUCUUUCUCUGGUUACCGAGUCGCUAAAAAGUGAAGACUUUUUAUACAGAAAUGAACAGAAAAUAUAAAUACGACUCGGUAAAAAAUAAUAUUAUCUAUAUGGUCACUGGAUUAAAAUAAGGCCGUCGUAAGCCUGAUCGGAACAUUCCCACCAAGAAACGUUUAAAUUAAAUAACAAAAAGAAAACAAUUGUUAAUAAUUGUUGAGAAAUCAAUAGGGAGAGAUUUUAAAUUUCUAACGAGAUUUUAAAUUAACCGCAUUGAUGCUGCGAGGGAACCAUCUCAUCAUCACCAGCGAGACUCUGACCCAAUAAAAAAAAUAUUUUUUUACGGGAAUUAUACACACAACUGUAAAAAUAUUUUUGGGUUGGAAAAUGACAAGCCCAGCGAUAAUCGCGAAGCAUGAAGUAGGGUAAAACUUGUCAUGCCGAACUCCGGAUUUGUUACACUACUACUCCCGAUGUACCUUUAUAUGGCUUUAAAAAAUUAGAGUUUACACUUUGGUUUUUUUUUUUUUUUUUUUUUUUUCUUUUUCUUUUUUAGUUCUGUAAUACACAAUUUAUUUUUA